AUGAAUAAGAGUCCUAGUCCAGAUGGGUAUGAGAGUGGGUUCUUUAAAGCAAGUUGGAGUGUGGUGGGACAAGAUAUCUGUGAAGCAGUUCUGGAGUUCAUGAGAAAUGGUAAAAUGCUGAAGCAACUCAAUGCAACCCUGAUCUAUCUUAUCCCUAAGGUGAGUAACCCUACUAAUGCAAGCCAGUUUAGACCUAUUUCAUGCUGUAAUGUUUUGUACAAGUAUAUUUCCAAAUUACUUUGUACUAGACUAUCAACAGUUCUACCUUACCUAGUAAGUGAUAACCAAGCAACAUUUGUAAAGGGGAGAUCCUUGGUGCAUAAUGUCCUCAUGUGUCAUGAUUUACUCAGACACUAUAAUAGGAAGACAUCACCUAAGUGCUUGAUGAAGAUAGAUCUCAGGAAAUCUAAUGAUAUGGUACAAUGGGACUUUGUGCAGGAAAUGCUUGAGGGGUAUGGGUUUCCUCCUAAGUUCAUUCAACUGGUAAUGACAUGUGUGACCACUACUAGCUUUUUUGUUAAGGUGAAUGGGGAGAGUUGUGGUUAUUUUGAAGGACUGACUGCAAACUCUGAGAAAUCAAGUAUUUAUAUGGCUGGUAUGGAUGAUGAGAUGAAGGAAAAAUUGCUAACUCUUACAGGAUUUAGUCUAGGGUCAUUUUCUAUGAAGUAUUUGGGAUUGCCUCUAUCACCUAAGAAGUGA